AAUAUUGAAGAUUAUGACAAUAAUUGAAGCGACAUUAGAAAAAUAAAAUUCCAGACAAAUUAUCUCUUUGAAGACUAGGCAGCAUGGUCUCCGACCUUAGCCUGUUCCAAACGGAACAAACGUACUAAAAAAAAAAAAAAAUUAACCGUUGCGUUUGUUUUUCUCGGCGUUUAUUAUUACUCUUUUUUUUUCAAAUGCUUCCAAUGUUUCAAUUAGUUUAGUGACUGUUAAGUUCAUUACGUUACAAUGAUUGAACAACGGUAUUCCGAUAAUGAUCAAUCCAAACGCGACAUCCCUUCUUUCAUUGAACCUCGGCCGCCUCUUAUAUUAAAUCCAUUUAUGCGACCUCGCCCUCAGAAGGGCACCAACUUAAUGGAACUAUUUGAUGAAGACUCUGUGAGUGACGAACCUGAAUUAGUGCAAGUAUAUUUGCGCCUGAAACCCUAUCACGGCCAGAGCAAUUUGUAUGAAGUCCGUUCAGAUAGGUGUCUGAUAACAUCUGUCGACACGGCCACUGCUGGUCAUGGUCGAAGAACUGAGCACAAUAUAUCGAAAAUGUACACAUUUUCACGUAUAUUUGAUGCGGAGACCACUCAAAAAGAGAUAUUUGAACAUGUGGUUAAGGACAAUUUGAAGAAACUGCCAGAUGGUCAUAGCUUCACUCUACUUACAUAUGGUGCAUCUGGUUCUGGAAAAACAUAUACAUUAAUGGGUACAGUAGCAUCUCCAGGUCUUGUACCCCGCUCCCUUGAGUAUGUCUUCAGAGUGGUUGAUGCUGCACAGCAACCUGUCUAUAAACCUUCAGAAGGUGGUGCUGACAAGCUGGAUUAUGCUGAACAAGAGUAUGAGUUGCAGUGGGUGAAGCGACUGAGACAGGUAUCAGCCCCGCUAAGAGAUAAAUAUAAACGGAUGAGUGCAGGGCUCUGCAGUGACUUUACAGCCAGCAGCUUGGAUUUGUCCAACAGAACUAAAUAUUAUGUAUGGGUAUCAUUUGUAGAGAUAUACAAUGAGGGCAUAUAUGAUUUGUUGGCAAGUUCAGACAGGAGAUCUUCUAACAAGCUCCAAAUUAGAGAAGAUUCAAAUGGCAAUGUCUUUGUUAAAGGUGUGACGCAAGCGUUCGUGCGGAGCGGCGAGGAGGCGUACGACGUGAUGGUGGCCGGCAAGCACAACCUGCAGGUCGCCGCCACCGGCAUCCACGCGCAAUCCUCACGCUCGCACUGCAUAUUCACCAUCACCAUGCUUACUGAAACUGAGGGCGUGGCGCGCACGGCGAGCGUGCGGCUGUGCGACCUGGCGGGCUGCGAGCGCGCGCGGCGCACGCGCAACGCGGGCGCGCGCAUGCAGGAGUCGCGCGCCAUCAACUCGUCGCUGCACGUGCUCGAGCGCUGCCUGCACACGCUGCGCCGCCGCCGCCGCGCCGCCACCGCCGCCGCCGCCGCCGCCGAGCUCGUGCCAUACCGCGAGUCCAAGCUCACGCGCCUGCUGGCGGCCGGCCUGAGCGGCGCGCGCGCCGAGGCCGUGGCCAUGGUGGUCACGCUCAACCCCGCGCCGCUCGCCGCGCCCGAGUCGCGCCACGUGCUGCAGCUCGCCGCCGUCGCGCGCGACAUACAGGUUAACAGCACAAUAGCAGAGAUGACCUGCCUAGACAGUACACAAAAUUCGACAAUACCUUCGAGUGCUGAAGUGAUGAAACUUCGCGCGGACAAUGAGAGAUUGCAUUUCGAACUGGUUCAAGCGCAAGCCCGCAACAAGGAGCUGCUGGCGAACAUGGAGGAGCGGCAGCAGCAGGCGGCCGCCACCAUGCGCGAGCUGGUGGACGACGCCAAGGACAUGACGCGCCAGUACUACGAGGCGCAGCUGGCUGCACAGCGCUCGGAGAUGGAUGACAUGAUAGAAGAAUAUGAAAACAAAUUGAAGAUGGCCGCUACACCUUCCAAUGCAGAAACACUUUUGCUUCAAGAAAAGGUUACAGAACUAAUGACAGAAAUUGCAAUCUUAGAGGAGAAGUUAACUGCGGAGCGGUUAGCACGUGCUCGCGCUGAAGAGGAAGUGCAGCAUCUAAGAGCUUGCAUCGACGAAAGAGACGAUAAAGUCUUUGGAGAUAACCAGUCAGAAAAACGUGAAGAUGUAAUGCUCGUGAGUGAUAGUGAACAUGACAGUGAGGAAGAAGUUGAAGAUCCAUGCAAUGAGAGUCUGGAACCCACAUUUAAAAAAGAAGAUAUUAACCGCUCAAAACUUGUUAUGCAGAGCUUAAAUUCUCAUAAUACUUCGUAUAGUACUAUGCAAGAUGAUGAGCAUACAAUUGAUAAUAAUGAAAGCAUUUUUGACAAAACUAAUGACACUCUUAAAGAUGACCAUUAUAGUUCUAAUGAAACCGAUAAAGAGUCUACAUAUGACAAAGAUGAAGAAAUAUAUUCUAUUAAAAACACGAUGGAAAAGUCUCUUAAUAAUACAAAAACAGAAGACUUUGAAGGUGAAAAAGAAGAGCAUGAAUCUGUUAAUAAAUUAAAGACGUCUGAUUUUAGAGGUACUUACUGUGUCAAAAGUUUUGAAGAAAAUGAAACUGGUAAUGUAAAUGAAGAAAAAGUACUCUCACAUUCCAGAGGUAUUUACUAUGUGAAUAAUGUUGAAUCGGACAAACUUAAACCUAUUUCUAUUUUGCCAGUUAUUAAUACAGAUAUUGUUAAGCAACUGUCAAGAGAGAUAGAAACUCAAAAAAUUGAUCUAAAUAUUAAAAAAGAUAAUGAUAUAAAGGCAGAAAUGAAAUACACACAAACAGACAAUACAGAAACAAAACCGAAUAUCAAGGUAUCUCAGACAUUGGUAAGUAAAAUUAUAAACUCAGCUAAAUCAACACCAGGCGAUAAUUCUUUAACACAAUUUGAACAACUGGAAAUGGCUACUAACACCUGUAACGAAACUAAACACAUUAGUGAUGAAUUCGUUAAUAUUAAAAUACUAAAAGAGAAAAGGACAUACUUUGAUGAACAGCCUAUUAUAAAUGAGAAUACUGAUAAAGUGGACCCAAAUAAUAAAUUAACAAAAACAGAUUACUUUAUGAGCACAAAAGUAAAUCAAGAAAGUCACAUGAAUGUUGACAGUAAAGAUGUGAAUAUUAAUAGUGAUUGUAAUAUCGUAAAGAAUGAUCUUUUAAAUGAUAACUUAAAUAAUGAUAUUUUACGCUCUCCAUCUAUUGUCAAAGAUGAAAUAAUAACUGACAAUUUCAAACCUAGUACAAUUAAAAAAUUACUAGGUGAAAGUUUAACACGCCAAACAAAUAUAUCAUCAACUCACAAAAACAUAGCUGUGCCAAAAAAACAAAACUCUGUUGAUAUAUUCGAAGGGUUUGAUUCGCCUCAGCCACAUCAUUUUACCAAAGAAUUGGAUGUCAUCGAAAAUGCACGUAAAUCUAUUGAAAAAUUAGUAUUAGCUCAACAGUCUGCUAGUAAAGUACAAAAGAAUAAUAAAAGAAAAGAUAAAGUAGAGUCUGAGUCAGUAGUCAAAGAGCCAAUAAAAGAUGUCAAACAAACUAUUUUAACCAACAUAUCUGCAGUGCAAAAAACCCCCUUACUAAAAGUGGAAAAGACAGAAGAACUCAGUCUAAAUAUGCAGCAAGCAUCUAUUAGUGGAAAUAAUACUAUAGAAGAUUUUGAAAAUAUCUACAAAAAUAUUACUGCUCCCAGGCCAACUGAUUUUGAUGUAUUCUUAUCUCAAGAGCCUAAUAUAUCAAAGGCCAUAGAAAAUGAUCAAAUUGUGACACAAAAAACUAAUGGGUCUAAGGUUGAUGAAAUUAAAAUGGAAACCCAAAAACUUACUGAAGUAGAGGAGGUGAAAUAUAACCUAAGAAACAAAGCCUCUGUAAAAACUGAAACUCUUAAAUGUUUUAAUAAAGAUCAUAAAGAUUCAGAAUCAGAAGAAGUUUUAGUUGUGAGUCAAUCUAAAUGUGAAAGUAAGACUAAGCCAUCUAAGAGGAAUUUACGAUUAAGGAGACGAAAAAAUGAAAAUGAUGAAGAAAAGUCUGAUUCAGAGACUGUUAGUUUGAAGGAUAUUGUUAAUUUGCAAACAGAGUUCUCUGAUGUUACUCUAGAUGUUCCUGCGCCCGUGAAAAUUGUUAAAGAUAUACCUUCACCAGAAAAAUCUAAAUUUGAGGAUGAAAAUAGACCGCCUGUCUUAGAAAUACAGAGCUGUCCAUCGAAAAGCGUAACACGAAGUCGGAGGAAGUUAUUCACGCCGCGCAUUGAACCACUGGACGAGUCUAUGGGCGCAGCGGGUGACAGCAACGAACGCAUCUACGUCCCUCGGCCUUCCUACCACCGUACUCGAGCACGCCGCAAGCUGUAAACAUUAAAAUUCGCGUUCGCAACCCAUUUUCGUCCCGUAAUGAUAAUUUUAAUCGACAUAGAUAUUAACAGAGUUUAUGUAUUGACUUUAUUACAAUUAAUUAAAUAUUGAUUAUAAGAA